AUGGCUCCCGUGCGAUCGAAGAAGCAAGCUUCAGAACAACCACUCACAUCACCGAGAAAGUUGGCCAUGGCCGAAACGGUUCCUCUGCGGGCAGGGAGCCCUUCAGCAUAUCCACGAAGCCCUAUCAAGAGGCGAGCCCCGGGUACAAUUACCAUGCAGCAGAAGCAGGCCAUGAUUGAUAAUAUGCAACUUGAGAUCACCGAACGCGCUCGACGAUUGAGAGCCCAGUACAGUUUCAUGGCGACAACCGUCCGUUCACGUGUCGAAAUGCGAAUCAACAGAAUACCCAUGUCCAUGAGGCACGUCAAGAUGGGUGACCUACUUCAGAAGUUCCUCGAACAGGAACAACAACGAGCCACAAGAUCUGCGGCUCUCAGGAAAGCGGUUGCGACUCGGACAAGCCCCCAGAAGCAACUUCAUUCCACUGCACACGCUGCAAGGACAAUGACGCGUACCAAGAAGCGUAUGAGCGAUGCCAUCUCAGGAGACAAGGAAAACGAGGUCGAGCACAACGAGAAUGCGAAAAAGAGGGUUCGGGGUGCACCAAACCCAGAUAUCGCUCACGUUCGACCUGCGCAGAUUCUUUCGCCAACUUCUUCCAACUCGAGGCUGGCGAACCGAUCUCGGCCAGCCUCCCCCGUCAAGUCUGGCAUUGCACGUCCAGCCUCGCCGCUGAAGAAUUCAGGAACUGCACGCUCAGCAACAGCCACAAGCAUGCUUUCCAGCAUGGUGGAAAAGGCAAAGGCCACGAGGGCAGGGGUUGCACGCAAGGUGACGACCGCUUCAACUGCUAGCACAAGCUCGACCAGCACCACGGCUGCUACUAGGACCAGGCGCGCAGCAACAACGACAGCUUCUCGAGCGCCUGCUUCCAGGCCGACUACGCGAACUGCUCGUAGAUCCCUUGCUAACAGUGAGACGAGCGAGGCCAGCUCAGGAACCGUGGUGAGGAAGGGGGCUGCAUCCCGGGGAGCUGCAGCCAAGAAGACUACUGCGAGCUCCGUUCGCAAGGGCACAACAACAACUACCAAAAAGACUGCUGCGAAAUCUACUGCGACCACGGGGACGGGACGAGUGCUGCGGAAACGCGCAUGA